AUGACCCAGGCGGUUUGGCGUGUCUUGGAGCUGUGGUACUUCGAUGUGCAGCUACUGGGCGGCUUGGUGCUGCACAAGGAGCGGCUUGCGGAGAUGAAGACAGGUGAGGGGAAGACCAUCGUGGCGCUGCUGCCGACCUUCCUAGCAGCGCUCGAGGACAAGGGUGGCGUCUACGUGGUCACACCCAACGACUACCUGGCGCGCCGCGACGCGGAGAAUGUCGGGCAGGUCCUGCGCUUCUUGGGACUCACCGUUGGAUUGGUGCAGUCCACCAUGGAGGUAGCGGACCGACAGAAGGCUUACAAAUGUGACGUGGUGUAUUUGACCAACGCUGAAUUGGGCUUCGACUACCUCCGCGACAACUUGGCGGUUUACCCUCACCAGGUGGUGCAGAGCAAAAACUUCCAUUUCUGCUUGGUAGAUGAAGCUGAUUCGAUUCUCAUCGAUGAGGCGCGAACGCCGCUGAUCAUCUCCGAGUCCGUCCCUGCGGUGCCGCGGCAGUUCGAGGCAGGCCGAGAGGUCGCCAAUGCCUUGAAGAAGGACUUGCACUACACCGUGGAUGAGAAGAACAUGAACGUGGUCAUGACGGAUUUGGGUGAGAAGGUGGCCCAGGAUUUGCUACAGGUUGAGAACUUGUGGGAACCUGAGGAGGCAUGGAUUUUGUACGUUUUGAAUGCCGUGAAGGCCAAGGAGCUCUUCCAGCUGGGCGAGGAGUACAUCAUUAGAGAUGGCAAGGUCGCGAUUGUCGACACCUUCACUGGUCGUGUUCUGGAAGGACGGCGUUGGUCUGAUGGCAUGCAUCAGGCCAUUGAAUGCAAGGAGAACAUCUCUGUGAGUGUUCGUUCGCAGGUCUCAGCACAGAUCACCUACCAGUCGCUUUUCCGCCUCUUCCCGCGCUUGUGUGCCAUGACAGGCACAGCACUGACUGAGGCAGCAGAGUUUGAGGAGAUCUAUGGACUCCGUUGCACCGGCGUGCCCACGGCGCGGCCCAACGUGCGCCGAGACUACCCCGACGUGGUCUACAAGACGGAGGAGGCCAAACUCAACGCCAUUGUUGAGGAGAUCGUGCUGAACAACGAGCGCAACGGUCGGCCCAUCUUGAUCGGCACUGCCAAUGUCAAGAUGUCCGAGGCCAUUGUGAGCCGCCUCAGGGAGGCGGGCGUGGAGCCGCAGCUGCUGAAUGCGCGGCCGGAGUCCAUUGCCAGAGAGAACGAAACCAUUUCCCAAGCAGGCCGAUUGGGAAAGGUGACGGUCUCUACCAACAUGGCAGGGCGUGGAACUGAUAUCAUCUUGGGUGGCAACCACUCCCAGAUGGCCGCGCUGAACAUCAGAUCUCUCUUGGCAGAUGCGCUUUUGCCAAUGGAGGAGUCCUCAAAGGUCUACAGCCCUGACGAGGAGUUUUACCCCACAGAUAUGCCAGGCGACUUGGAGAAGCGUUUGGCAGAUGCCGUGCAGGGUAUAGCUGCCACCCCCGUGGGCGAGGAAACCAAGACCUUCCUGGACGUCGAGGAACUGGUUGCAUCGGUUGGUGGAGAAGCGCCUUUCGAGGCCAACGAGAGCGCAAAUGCCCUGAUGGACUUGCGACUGCUGGUCCUUGCAUUGCUGUGGUGUUGUCGUCUCCUACCCGAUUUCCUGGGUGGCUUUGGUGAAGAAGAGAAGAAAGGCCCACCGGCCAAAGGAGAGCCAGAGAGAGUCGAAGAGCAAGAGGUGGACUGGAAGGAUCUGGCAUACCAAAGGCAAUUGGAGCGUAUUGCAAACCGAAAGAGGAAGGCCCAGCCCAACUACAAGGAGACCGCAGAAGAGCGUAAAGUCCGGCUAAGGAAAUUGGCCAUGUGGAAUGCGGCCCAAAAAAAGGGCAUGACCGACGUGGUGGGUAGAGCAGAAACCACGGUGGACAUCAAAGUGGGCCUCAUGAAGCCCUUAGGCAUCGAGUUUGAAAAGUACGAUGAGGAACCAAACAGGGCAUGGGUUAGCGGCAUUUUCAAGGAUGGCUCCGCGUUCAAAAACGGAGAGAUAGAGGCUGGCGACUUCCUGUUCUCUGUGAACGGCAAGGAAGUGGAUGGAAUGCCCUACGAGGAAGCCUUACAGAACAUUGUUGAUGCAGAGGGUGAGAUCAACCUGGCCUUUUCCGAGCUCAAAACGCUCUACAAGGACGCCUUGGCUGAGGAGAAGGACCAAGUGAUCAAGGCCGGUGGGUUGUACGUCCUGGGCACCACCCGCCAUGAGUCCCGGCGUAUCGACAACCAGUUGCGAGGUCGCGCUGGGCGACAGGGUGAUCCUGGAACCACCCGCUUCUUCAUCUCCCUGCAGGAUGACGUUUUCCGCGUCUUCGGCGGUGACAAGAUCGAGACCCUCAUGGAUCGUUUCAGGCUUGGCGAUGCCAUUCCCCUGCAGAGCCCAAUUGUGAAUGACACUUUGGACCGUGUCCAGAAAGCAGUGGAGGAGUUCUUCAAGAAGACCCGAACCACCCUGUUCGAAUUUGAUAAGGUGAUUUCAAAGCAGCGAGAAUUGACCUACAAGACUCGCAAGGAAUUCCUGGCCAAUAAAGAUACGGCGGUGAUGAAGCUGAUUGAGGAGUGGGGUGAAGAUGCCGUGGAUUUCCACAUUGAGCAGGUUAAAGACAAGACCGAUGAAGAGAAAGCAAAGGAGUUCGAGGAAUACUUCGGUUUUGACAUGCCACAGCUCAGUGCUGACAUGAAGGAAGACACGCCCGAGGCGCAAGAGGCUGCCAGAGAGCUGUUGGCCAAAUCAGUGCGGGAAGGUAUCCAAUCCAAGGCAAAGUCCUAUGAGGAGUUCCGCCCCGGCUUCGCAGUUGAAGCAGCACGAAUUGCCACGGUGGUGACCAUCGAUGACGAGUGGAAGGCUCUGCUGCAAAAGAUGGAUGCCUUGAAGCAAACCGUGGGCUUGGCGGCCUACAAGGGCUCAGAGCCCCUGAAAGAAUACCAAGUGCAAGGUUUCAAGAUGUAUCAGAAGGUGGAGAACAAGUACAAAGCACAAUCAGUGAGCCGUUGGUUGCGAUCCAAGCCCAAGAAGGACGCCCAGCAGAGCUGAGUUCACGGAGUGAUGGAAGUUGAGGGGAGUAGAUGUAGAUUCCAAAAUUUUCAGUACCAGGGUCCUCAAGCACUUUCGGUGCCUGGCAAUUUUCACGAAAACUUGGGAUGACGAAUUUGCACCAUCCGGUU